AUGGUGCUGCACGACGCCGACGGCUUCCUGACGCAGCUCACGCGCAUGCUGGAGCGGUCGCGCGAGAAGGGCGCCGUCUACGUCACGAUGAAGCGAUGUGCGUUUGCGCCUGCCGCGCCCGCCGCCGGUGUAGCACGCCUGAGCCCGGUCGACCCCGCCGACUGCCGCUGCCUCGUUCGCGCCGUGCUCGGCAGCACCAAGGCAACAGCGUCGACGAUGGUCGCCGCCAAGGACCACCGCCGCUUCAUGAAGUCGUACGCAAACAUCAUGAAGGCGGGCGCCACCGCC